GCGUCUUGGUCCUUUUAGCGCGUUAACCCCAUUUCCCUCCCUAUAAAUGCUCCCCGGGGAACCUGUUCCUGGGAGGGAAGAAGUGUCGGCUUACUUGUUUCUACUGCUACUACUACUGCUGCUUUUAUUUGCGCUUUAUAGCUGCUACUGCUGUUUUAUUUGAGAGAGAAGAAGUCGUUAAUGGCGGAACCGGAAAAGUUGAGCGGUUCCACCAAGGAAAACAAAAAAAGCAUGGGGAGAGAACAGGUGAACGAAGUUAAGGAGAUGUUCAACAAGUUCGACACUAAUGGCGAUGGCAAAAUCUCGUCGUCCGAUUUAGGCAACAUUUUGAACAUGCUAGGUUCGAAAACGUCGCCUGACGAAGUUAAACGAAUAAUGGAGGAGAUCGAUACCGACGGCGACGGUUUCAUCGACUUGAAGGAGUUCGAGGUGUACUUCGCUGGCGUGAACCAGACCGCUAACAACAAGGAACUUCGCGACGCCUUCGACUUGUACGAUAAGGACAAGAACGGGAAGAUCUCGGCGAACGAGUUGCAUUCGGUCCUCAAAAGUCUCGGUGAGAAGUGCUCGCUCAGUGAUUGCCGUAAGAUGAUCAGAUCCGUUGAUGUGGACGGCGACGGCUGCGUUAACUUUGACGAGUUUAAGAAGAUGAUGGGAGGGAGUACUUGAUUAACUAAUACUAGCAUCUUCAUGAUUAACUGCAGAUUUAGGAUCUUAAAUCACUUCGCCCUAAUCAUUUUUAUCCUUUGAUCUUCUCUCCCGUAGAUUCUCCUUUUAAUAUUGCUUUCGUUUUCGUUUUUUUUUUUUUUCUUUUUUGUUGUUAUUUUGGGAGGGAAAAUUGAGAAAUCCAGUGCUGUUGAUUGCUGUUUAACCACUGAAGCAAUAUAGAGUAAUGGUUUUUAGUUAGUAUUUGAACGUGGAAGC